GGACCUGCUCGCUGGAGGAAAACACAGAGACACUUUGAAUGUGAGGCUGGAAUUUGGUUUUGAUCUUGAGUUUGAAUUGCAGUGUGAUUGCCCCUGUGUUGUUGAUUUGUGGCUGAAGUUUCCCCCAGGUCUGGACAAACCUGUUCAGGAUUCAAAUCUUUCGAUACACACUGACAAUCCAGACCUGACACCAUGUUUCCAGAAUACCAUCCUGGCGUGGAUCCCUAGCAUUUAUCUGUGGAGUGCAUUACCCUUUUAUCUUCUCUACCUAAAGCACAACAAAAGAGGGUACAUCAUACUUUCUGUGCUGAGCAGGUUCAAGACGCUGUUUGGUGUCCUGCUGUGGUGCGUGAGCUGGGCAGAUCUCUUCUACUCUUUCCACGAGCUCCUGCAAAACAGAACGCCUCCACCAGUCUAUUUUGUAACUCCAUUGAUCGUCGGCAUCACUGUGCUGUUAGCUACAUUGCUUAUCCAAUACGAGAGGCUGAGAGGAGUUCAGUCCUCUGGAGUGCUCAUUACCUUCUGGUUUUUGUCGGUGCUCUGUGCUGUGGGGCCUUUCCGGUCUAAGAUCAUGACUACAACUGCACAG